AUGUCGCCAUAUGUGUUUAAUGCUCUGGCAGUCGCCGUUAUACUAUUAUCAUCUUUUCACUCGGAUAGGUAAGUUUUUAAUUGUGAUCUACCCGGCCAAUUUUUUGAUCUACCCAACCUCAACUAUUUUCUAGAAACCUAGCCGACGCAGCCGCAGCAUGCAAAAGGUUGUGCACCACCAUGUGUUUGCCCGGGAACCAAAGGUGAACGAGGUAGUCAAGGAUACGGAGGUGAACCGGGACAUCCCGGAGCACCAGGUUUAGACGGACCUGAAGGAAAUGUCGGCGCUCCGGGACAAUUCGGAGCCGAAGGAGAUUUCGGAGAUGUUGGCGCGAAAGGAGCGAGAGGAGAUCGCGGUUUGCCGGGAUCGCCUGGUUUCCCGGGAGUCGCUGGAAUGGACGGAUAUCCUGGAGCUAAGGGAGAAGAAGGUAUUCCCGGAUGCAAUGGUACCGAUGUGAGUUUGGCGGGGUUUUGGAGGGAGAAGGGAAAUGAUUUUUGAUACACCUUGAGAUAAUGAAAUUCGUGAGCUUUGAGGUACGGUCGAGUUAGCCAAAAUAUAAAACACUGCAUUUUAGGGUUUGAAUUAAUUUAGAGCAAUUUAAAAUUUAAAAAUUCUAGUGAAUUCUAAAGCUAGAGAAUAAACUUAAGAUCUAGAAAAUCAGGAAAUUAAGGCUAGUCCUAGGUUCAAGAGAGGCUUCUAUCUUGUAAGAAUGUGCAUUAAAAUUAAUCUAGAAUUAUCUCGACAUCGCUCAUGAGUUUUACUCAAAAUUGCACCAAUUAAUCUAAACAUGACUUCAAAAACUAGAACUUUCUGAAAUAUUUCUAAUUGCCACGUCAUAGGUCACGCCUCUCUUUAUUUCUUUCUUCCUCUCUUUGCCUCUUUUUUUUCCCAUUUUUCAAAAAUCAAUUUUUUCGCGCUCGGCAAAGUUUUACAACGUACUAAUGUUUCGAUUUCGAUUUUGAUCUAUCCCUCUCCAAAAAUUCUCAUCUGUCAUUUUCCACCACUCAAUCUCUGUGUCCUCUUCUCAUCUUUUUAAAGGAAGAGAGAGGCGAGAGCCUAGAAAAUGUUAGUGUAAUAGUUUUGUGAUUGACUCAUCGCAUCAACAACAUUUCAUACAUAAUUUUGAAGUGAAGAAAAAUAAAUAUCAAAACACAGUAUCGAUUUUUUGUAGGGUCUCCCUGGAUGGCCUGGUCUUGCUGGGCCACCUGGACCAUCAGGUCCUGGCGGGUUAGCUGGACGACCUGGACUUCCUGGUCCACCAGGAGAAGGUGGUGUCAAUUCACAAGGACGAAAAGGAGACAAGGGAGAAUCUGGUCGGCCUGGUUUGCCAGGACAACAAGGAAAUCCAGGUUAUCCUGGUUUGAAAGGAGCGAAAGGAGAUCCAGGACCGAUGGGUUUGAUGGGAUUCCCUGGAACACCUGGUUUGAAAGGACGAAAUGGUUUGAGAACACCGGGAGUGAAAGGAGAGAAGGGUUUGGCUGGACCGCCCGGACCACCAGGAUCACCUGGAAGUUAUCCAUGGGCUUCGAAACCGAUUGAGAUGGAAGUUUUGCAAGGACCGGUUGGACCAGAAGGUAAGUUUUUUUCAAAUUUAAGAAAAGUUAGUUUGUCAUAUAUUACUAAAAUUUUGAAACGUAUUGUCGAAGUUGAAAAAUGUGGCUGCCAUGAAAAAAUAAAAACCAGUACAGAAUUGAAUAAAUGAAAAAACAUUACUUCGUCAGUCGCGUGCGGUCGGGAAAAAAAAAGAAAAAAAUACAUAAUUGAUUGUUUUCUGACCGCGACGCACAGCCGCGCGCGACUGACAAAGUAAUGUUUUGUUUUUCAACUUCGACAAUAUAAUUUCUUGAUUUUUUUCUAGGAGUGAAAGGAGAAAAAGGACGUGAUGGACCAGUCGGGCCACCAGGAUUGGUUGGAAUUGAUGGGCCACCAGGAUAUCCAGGACUCAAGGGACAAAAAGGAGAUCCAGGAGAUGCUGGACAACGUGUAAGUUUGAGCCUCUGAGAUUCCUUGAAGACACAAUAACGUCUAGAAAUAAACCGUCUUCAACUAAAUUUCGACCAAAAAAACAAUACUAAUUUUCAGGGUAAACGUGGAAAGGAUGGAGUUCCGGGAACUUAUGGAGAAAAAGGAACAUCUGGAGAGCAGGGAGUACCUGGAUUACCAGGAUACAAUGGCCCGAAGGGAGAAGCUGGAGAGCCAGGAUAUCCAGGAAGACAAGGAGAGGAAGGAGAUUGUGGACCGGAAGGAGUAUUCGGAGAGGGAAAAGGUGAUGCUGGACCAAGAGGAACUCAAGGUUACGAUGGUGUUGCUGGACCGAAAGGACUUCCCGGAUCGAAUGGAGUGCCGGGACCAGUUGGAAAUCGCGGACCACCAGGACAACCAGGUUUCCCAGGACAACCUGGAGUUGAUGGAUUGCCGGGAUAUUCAGAGAAAGGAGAUCGGGGAGAAGAUGGUUGGCCAGGUUUCGCUGGAGAAAUUGGUUUGCCAGGAGAGGAAGGAGAUUGUGGAUAUCCAGGAGAAGAUGGUUUGCCAGGUUAUGAUAUUCAAGGACCACCAGGAUUAGAUGGACAAUCGGGACGUGAUGGACAUCCCGGAACACCGGGAGUUAUUGGAGAUCCUGGAUAUCCAGGAGAGAAAGGUUUCCCAGGAACCGGUGUCAACAAAGUCGGUCCAGAAGGUCAACCAGGUCUUCCUGGAGAGCCUGGACCUCCGGGAAGAAUCGGUAUUGAAGGACAACCUGGAUUCCCAGGAGAGCCAGGAUAUCGUGGAGAUGAUUGUGGAUUCUGCCCAGAUGGUUUGCCAGGAGAUAAGGGAGAGUAUGGAAGUCCAGGUUUGGAUGGAUAUCCAGGUCCACAAGGACCAAAUGGUGAAAGCGGAGAUUGUGGAGAACCAGGAGUUCGUGGAAAAGAUGGACUUCCGGGACCAGAUGGUCAUCCUGGAUCAGCGGGAUUACCAGGAAUCCCAGGUUAUACUGGACCGAAGGGAGAAGAUGGAGAGAUUAUUGGACCAAUUGAGAAUCCACCUGGAAUCAGUGGAUUGAAGGGAGAACGUGGAUUGCCAGGAUUACCAGGACGUCAAGGAAACAAUGGACUUCCUGGAUUGGGUGGACCACCAGGACCAGAUGGAUUCCCCGGACUUCCAGGAGAAGUUGGACUUAGCGGAAUUCCUGGAAAGCAAGGAAGAGCUGGAAAUUUGGGAUAUCCAGGACCACCAGGAUUGCCAGGAGAUGGAUAUGAUGGACAACCAGGAGCUGGAGGAAUGAAGGGAGAUCGAGGAGCUGAUGGAUUACCAGGUCUUCCAGGAGCUGCUGGUUUGCCAGGUAUUCCAGCACCAUUGAAAAUCAUCGAUCAAGUCGCUGGAGAACCAGGAGUAGAUGGAGUUCCAGGAUAUCCGGGAGAGAAAGGAGCUGACGGACUUCCAGGUUUGCCAGGACCAGUUGGACCAGACGGAUUCCCAGGCUCACCAGGAGAACGUGGAAUGGAUGGGCUUCCUGGAUUCCCAGGACUCCACGGACAAGCAGGAUCACCAGGUGCACCGGGAGAUAAUGGAUUCCCUGGUGAAGAAGGUGAUUGUGGAGAAGUUGGACUCGACGGGCUUCCAGGAGUUCCAGGAUUGCCGGGAGCACCAGGAGAACCAGGAUAUGGAAUGUUCGGAACUGUUGGUUACCCUGGACCAAAGGGAGAUAGCGGAGAUAAUGGAUUGCCAGGAGCUAAUGGGUUACCAGGACGUGACGGACUUCCAGGAACACCAGGAUAUCCAGGAGAAGCUGGUCAACAAGGACAAGAUGGUUUGCCAGGAACUCCAGGAAUUCCGGGAGAACGCGGAUUGGGCGGAAUCGAUGGAAAGAAGGGUCGCGAUGGUGCACCAGGACUUCAAGGAAAAGACGGAUUACCAGGAUAUCGCGGAGAACCAGGAGCACCUGGACCAAAUGGUCUUGAUGGUUACCCAGGAUCACCAGGAGGUCAAGGAUUCCCAGGAUUGCCAGGACAAGAUGGCGGACCAGGACUUCCAGGAACACCAGGAGAAGAUGGUCUCAUUGGAUUCCCAGGAUUGAAUGGUGAACACGGAACAAAUGGACCACCAGGAGAAGAUGGAGAUUGUGGAUUGCCAGGAGACGACGGACCAAACGGUGUUCCAGGAUAUCCAGGAGAAUCGGGAACUGAGGGAUUACCAGGACUUCCAGGACAAGACGGCAUGCCAGGAUUGAAUGGAGAACCAGGAGAUUCAGGAUCACCAGGAUUGCGAGGAGCACCGGGAGAACCAGGAAACUUGGCUUAUCCAGGAUUGCCAGGAGAUGUGAGUUUUUUUUUUUCUAUUUCAAAAAUUUAGCUCUAAACGAAAAUAUGGAAUGUUUUUGACAAGGAAACCUUUUUACUCAACACUUCAAAUCUUAUUUUCAAAAUUUUUUUUUGAUUUUUUUUAAACUAUGAGCUCCUUGUCAGAAGUACUUCAGAAGAAAAAGCAUAUGAAUAUUCAAUAAUUUUCAGCCGGAGAAUAAAAAUUUCCAAAAUUUUUCGAAAAAAAAAGGUUUUUUAUUGAUAUAGUCUUAGUAAUUCGACUAUGCUGAUGAUUCCCUCCAAAAAUUAUUUUGAGAGCAAGUUCUCAUUACGAAAGCUUGCUAUUCUCAAAAUUUCAUCUAUGUUUCAAGUGUUGAGUAAAAAAGGCUCUCUUGUGAAAAACUUCUGCGCAUAAUUUCAAGCUUCCAAAAAUUCAACCGUCUUUUUCUGUAUAGAAUCGAAAAUGUUCACUAUAAAACCUAAUUUCAGGUCGGAUACCCAGGACCUGAUGGACCACCAGGAUUAGCAGGACCAGACGGUUUGCCAGGUUACAAUGGUGAACGAGGAGAAAACGGAGAUAGCUAUCCAGGAGCCCCAGGACUUCCAGGACCACCAGGAGACAUCGGAUACGAUGGGUUGGAUGGACUUCCAGGACCACCAGGAUAUCCAGGACAUGUUGGAGCACCAGGACUUAAAGGAGAAGCUGGAACACCAGGUUUCCCAGGAGGUCAAGGUCGUGAAGGACAUCCAGGACAACCAGGACUUGAAGGAGAUUGCGGAGAUGAUGGCUUGCCAGGAACACCGGGACUUCCAGGAUAUCCAGGGCAACCAGGAUUGUCUGGCGAGAAGGGAUAUCCAGGACAACCAGGAGAUAGCGGAGCACCAGGAUUGCCGGGAGCUUACGGAAAUGUUGGUUUGCCAGGAGAAAGAGGAUUGGAUGGUCUUCCAGGUGAGUAGAGUUUUAUAAAUUAUGUGACGUGGCAGUUAAGAAAUCACAAAAUUUUAAAAAUGCCCUACUUUGAGAAAUGGAUCGAGAAGUUCACGUUACAAAGUAAAUGUUUCUGAUUUAUCUCAAAAUUUUCGCUUUCGCCUCAUUUCUUAUUUCGAUACUAGUCUAAACAAGUUUCCGAUAUUUAUAUUCAAAAACGAAUUUCAAAAUUUUCAGGAUACCCUGGAGCACCUGGUUUGAGUGGAAUGCCAGGAAAUGUCGGAUAUCCGGGAGCACCAGGAGAAAACGGCGACAAUGGAUUGCCGGGACGCGAAGGAGCACCAGGAUUGCGCGGAGAAAAUGGGCAACCAGGACUUCCUGGAUUCGCAGGACAAGACGGACUCCCAGGGCCAGUUGGACCACCAGGAGAUGAUGGAGCACCAGGAUUGCCAGGAGUUGAUGGAUACGGUCAACCAGGACAAGCUGGAGAGCCAGGUUAUCCAGGAGCUGAUGGUUUGCCAGGUCAACCAGGACUUAAUGGGGAGCCAGGAACACCAGGACAAUUCGGUAUGCCAGGUCUUCAAGGACAACCAGGAGAACCAGGAGUGCCUGGAUAUCCAGGAGAACGCGGUUUGCCAGGAUUGGACGGAAAACGUGGACACGAUGGUGCUCCAGGAACACCAGGACUUCCAGGAAUGGAAGGAGUUACUGGACCAGACGGUGAAUGCGGAGAUGAUGGUUUACCAGGUUAUCCAGGUCAACCAGGAUCGAAUGGUUAUCCAGGAGAGCGUGGAACACCAGGUUUCCCAGGAAAUCAAGGAUAUCCAGGAGAGCCAGGAUAUCCGGGACAACCAGGAUUGCCGGGAUCGAAGGGAGAACGAGGAAUGGAUGGUUUCCCAGGACCAGAUGGUCUUCCAGGAACUCCAGGAAGAAUCGGACGACCAGGACCACCAGGAUUCGCACCUUUGCCACUCACUAAUCCACCAGGAUCACAAGGAGAACCAGGAUAUCCAGGAGAAAAGGGUUAUCCAGGUCUUCCAGGAGACAACGGAUAUCCAGGGCCACCAGGAAAAGCUGGAUACCCGGGAACAUCAGGACUCGAUGGUCUUCCAGGAACUCCAGGAUAUCCAGGAGCACCAGGACAUAUGGGAGAAGGAGGACCGGCUGGAGUUAUCGGAAGAGCCGGUUAUCCAGGACAACCAGGGCCACCAGGAUAUCCAGGACAACCGGGAGGUUGGGCACCAAGUCGUGGAUUCACCUUUGCCAAGCACUCGCAAACUACCAAUAUCCCACAAUGUCCACCAGGAUCUUCACAACUCUGGGAUGGUUAUUCGUUGUUGUAUGUUCAAGGAAACGGAAGAGCGUCAGGACAAGAUCUUGGUAAGUUAAAACAAAAAUGUUACUUUGCUAUGAAAGUACAUAUCAAAAUAAUUAGAUUAAUAAAGAAAAUUUUGAUUUUUAGGUCAACCUGGAUCCUGCCUUUCGAAAUUCAACACAAUGCCAUUUAUGUUCUGUAACAUGAACAGUGUUUGCCACGUGUCAAGCCGUAACGAUUAUUCAUUCUGGUUGUCGACCGAUGAACCAAUGACACCAAUGAUGAAUCCAGUAAGUUUUGAGAAAUUAUUUUCAAUUCCUAAUUCAACUCUCUUAUUUUUUCUAGGUUUCCGGCACAGCCAUUCGCCCCUACAUUUCUCGUUGUACCGUUUGCGAAGUGCCAACUCAAAUCAUCGCGGUUCACUCGCAAGAUGUCACAGUUCCACAAUGUCCACAAGGAUGGAGUGGAUUAUGGUCGGGUUACUCAUUUGUUAUGCACACAGCCGCCGGCGCUGAAGGAACCGGACAAAGUUUGCAAUCACCUGGUUCAUGUUUGGAAGAGUUCCGCGCAGUUCCAUUCGUUGAAUGUCACGGUAGAGGAACUUGCAACUACUAUGCAACAAAUCACGGUUUCUGGUUGUCAAUUGUUGAUCAAGACAAACAAUUCCGCAAACCAAUGUCACAAACAUUAAAGGCUGGCGGAUUGAAAGAUCGUGUCUCAAGAUGUCAAGUUUGUCUCAAAAAUCGAUAA